AUGAAGAUCGUUGGCAUGUACUCCGCUGAGCAAAUUCGAGCUCUCAAGCAGGAGAACAGCAGGCUGCAGCAGCAAAAUUCUGGGCUCGAAGCUGAACUCCAAAGGUCGCUCGAGCGAGCUAGCAAAGGCCACAGUAGCCUCUCGGUCCAGAAGUAA